AUGGGCUCGCUUUCUAAUGUGCUCGCAGGAACUUCUCACCACGCCGGCCACAGGUUGCCCACCAUUCAGCCUGCAUCGCCGCCGAACAAAGGCGCGCCGCACGCUUCCACGACGCCCCCUCGCCCUGCCUUCUUUUCCGUAGCCAGGGGCCACCCACAUGCGACUGCCAUUGCCAGCUCUGGCUCCUCGACUACCGAAUCCUUCUCCGAGUUGACGUCGUCGUCGUCACGGGACUCGCUUCCCAAUCCCCCCGGGCGCAACGCCCCUACCACGCCCCAGAAACAGGCGCGCACCACCAGGCGGAAACACUCGAACAAGUCCACGGGCCGAUGGAGUAGGGGAGGCGGCUCGUCAGAUGAUACCGGCUCCGACCGCAAACCCCCCACCUCGCAGCCCGUAGAGCCCGCGCAGAGCGCUGCUCGCUCACCCCCGACUGCGUCCAAGACGCGCCAGCAACCCUCUAUUGCUACCAACACCGCCUCGACGAGCCAGCCGCGAUUCAUGGCAACAACCUUUGGCGGUCCUUCGGGUGAUUCGCGACGGGGAGUCGUCUCUCCUCGCCCUAAGGGACGCGAAGCGAAGAACACCCUCUGCCGCAAUGUCACCAUCUACGGACACUGCCGGUACGAAAACACCUGCCCCUACAUCCACGACACCCUCAAGCUGGGCCAGAACGAGAACGCCAAAAAGCGAUUCAAUGUCGACUCUCCCUCCUUCACGCCUCUGCAGGCGAGCACCAAUGGAUCUGUGACCCCGUCCUCUCGCAGUGCCGCCAUCUCGCCCAAGGCGGCCAAUGCUGCCGUCUUCACUCCCAAAUCGCAACGCUCCGAUUUUGUCCCGCAGUCUUUUGAGGGUCAGCAGAUGGUGGACCCUAAUGUGGGCUACGAUCCUUUCAGCACACCCUCCAGUAUCUCUACCCUGGCAGGUGCAACCCACCAAGCUGCUACCAUCAACCCGUAUGCACAAGAUGCUUCGACGACGUAUUUCCAGAACGCCAACGCGUUUCAAACUCCAGCAUACCAUCUGUACUGGCCGGUAGGGCCUCAGCCGACGGGUCUGCUUGCUUACCAGCGUACUGCACAUGAUUUCUUCAUACCUGACGCUCUUCGGGAAGAGUUGCAAAAGAAGGCGGAUAUUGCACGUCAGGUCGCGCCGAAUAGUACUUUGCCGGUCAUUGAGCAGUUUCACUCCUUGUUUUGUUUAGACAUGUCACCCCAGAAGAACACGGCUCCAUUUGGGUACGCCAGCUGGAUCUACAAAGCUGUGUCAAGCAAAGAUGGCAAGACGUAUGCGCUACGCCGUCUGGAAAACUUCCGCCUUACAAGCGAGACUGCAAUUCGCUCCGCCCAGCCAUGGAAACGCGUUUUGAACGGCAAUGUGGUUACAAUCCACGAAGCGUUCACUACUCGAGCUUUUGGCGAUAGUUCUCUAAUCUUAGUCACCGACUACCAUCCAAAUUCGAAGUCACUUGCUGAUGAGCAUUUCAAGCCGGUGCAGCGUUUCCACGGGCGGCAACCUGCAUCAUCGCACGUACCGGAGCAAGUGUUAUGGGGCUACAUUGUUCAAAUUGCAUCGGCUCUAAAGGCCAUACACGGUUCGGGUCUCGCAGCGCGCCUCAUCACACCUUCGAAAAUACUGUUGACGUCAAAGAACCGAAUACGACUCAACGCAUGCAGUAUUAUGGACAUAGUCCAGUUUGACAAUGCGCGUCCCGUGCCCGAACUGCAAGCAGACGACCUCGUUCAGCUAGGACGACUAAUACUUUGCAUCGCGAACAACAACGCCACAGCCCACUUGCAGAUGCAAAAGUCGAUGGACUAUAUCACUAGAAGUUAUACAGCCCGUCUCAAGGAGUGCGUGCAAUGGCUGCUCAACCCUCAACCAGCACCAGGAGCACCAUCGUCUCCUACAACACCGGCGCCGAUGCAGAAAGACAUUGACACCUUCCUGGGAGGUAUUGCCGAUCAAUUCGCAUCGGUGUUCGACAGCGAGCUACAUGCCCAGGAUACGCUUACAGUGAACCUCGGAAAAGAGUUGGAAUCAUCGAGGUUGGUCCGUUUGCUGGUCAAGCUGAAUAUGAUCAACGAGCGACCAGAGCUAGACGCUUCUCAAAACAUGCCCGGCAACAGCGGCGCAAACCCGUCAUCGGUAUGGGCAGAAACUGGAGAGCGCUACUACCUCAAGCUCUUCCGCGAUUACGUCUUCCACCAGGUAGACGCCAACGGACACCCGGUCACUGACCUCGCGCACGUUCUCGACUGCUUAAACAAGCUCGACGCCGGGACCGACGAGAAGAUACCGCUCGUCAGCCGCGACGAGCAAAACGUGCUGAUAGUGAGCUACCGCGAAGUAAAGCGGGCACUAGAGUCAGCAUUCCAGGACUUGGUCCGGGCGGGACGUGUUUCGGGGAAAUAG